CUUAGUCCUAUUAAUAUACUAUCUCUCCCUGGAGCUCUGUUACUUCAUUUUCUCCACCUUUCUUCUCCUCAGAUUCCUUUAGCCUUCAAAAGUUUCAUAUAAAGAAAAAAAAUAGAGCUUUCUUCUCUUUCAUUGUUCCUUUACACAGCAUUGCAGCUUUUAAUAAACUAAAUGGGGAGACAUUCUUGCUGUUACAAACAAAAGCUGAGAAAAGGGCUUUGGUCUCCUGAAGAAGACGAGAAGCUUCUCAAUCACAUCACCCAUCAUGGCCAUGGCUGCUGGAGCUCUGUCCCCAAACUCGCUGGUUUGCAGAGAUGUGGAAAGAGUUGUAGAUUGAGAUGGAUCAAUUACUUGAGACCUGAUUUAAAGAGAGGAGCUUUCUCUCCAGAGGAAGAGAAUCUCAUCGUCGAGCUUCACUCUGUUCUCGGAAACAGAUGGUCACAGAUUGCGUCUAGACUUCCGGGAAGAACCGACAACGAGAUCAAGAAUCUAUGGAACUCUAGCAUAAAGAAGAAACUGAAGCAAAGAGGCAUUGACCCGAACACACACAAACCCAUCACCGAAGCUGACAACAACAAACCAACAAGAGGCAGCAACAACGACCACAAGUCUCCUAGCUCCUCUGCUGCAACUAACCAAGACUUCUUCCUGGAAAGGCCAUCUGAUUUCUCAGACUACUUCGGUUUUCAGAAGCUUAACUUCAACUCCAACCUUACACCUGAGUCUUCACUCUGCUCCAUGGUUCCGGGGCAGUUUAGCCUCGGAAACAUGGUUGGUUCUGUCUUUCAGACACCCGUUUGCGUAAAGCCUUCGAUUAGUCUUCCUCCGGAUAACAGUUCGAGUACUGUCUCCAGAGGAGACCAUACAGCAUCUAACUGGGAGUUUCAGACAAACAACACUUCGAACUUCUUCGAAAAUAGCGGUUUCUCAUGGUCAAUCCCUUCUUCUUCAGUAACCAAACCUAAUCCUAACUUUGAAGAAGUGAAAUGGUCAGAGUAUUUGAACACACCGUUCUUCAACGGAAGCACGGUACAGAGUCAAAGCUCUCAGCAGAUCUACAUCAAAUCAGAGGGAGAGUACUUAGCCAAGGUUUCGAACAUUACAGAUCCUUGGAGCCAAAGCCAGAACGAGAAUUUAAGCACACCCGAAGCUAGUGACGUGUUCUCCAAGGAUCUUCAGAGAAUGGCCGUCUCUUUUGGUCAGUCCCUUUAGCUUUUCUUUUAAUUCUAACAGAUGUAUAGAACAAAAACAUAUACCAUAUACACAUACGUAGAGUGGAGCUAAGUGUUCUGUAUAUUCAUGGGGGUGAAAAUUGAGCUGUCUUUAUUUGUUAAGUGUGUUUUAUACGUCAAUUCUUCUUCUAUCUUAUGCAAACCUUUCAGUCUCAUAGUACUAUAUAUUCAUUUAUUUUUUGUUUCGUUGUUGAUGAUGAUGUGUAGUACUCUUGAUGGUUUUAGAUGUCUAAAGUUUGCAAUUACUCUGUUGAAGAACAAUGAUGAACGUAAUAAAUCAGUUUCUGUCUGUUUCUGUGAAUGAGUUGUGAUCCUGAGUCACAUCCUUAACCAUUUUUCACACCUGUGAUUAAUUACAAGACAAAACAGAAGACACAAAGAAAACACUUAAUUAAAGCAAAACAUAAUUAGUAAACUAAAGUGGGAAUUAACUCAACUAAUAAGAAGUGACAUUUUUUUAGAAAUGAUCUAGUUUAAGGGUAUUUUCUAUUUUAUUCCUUAAAAUGGACGAAUUUUAAAAUAGAGAUAAAUAUCUGUCAACUGUAUAUUUUUUUGACUUUUAAAAAGAAUAUUUUAAUAUUUUAAAACUAAUACUUUUAUUUAAAAAGUUGCAAAAAUGAUUUCUUUUUAUUGAAUUUAAUGACUGAUCACAUAUAUGAAAAAAAUGGAAUCGAAUACACUUAAUUUCUGGCUAUUAUAAACUUUGGGGAAAAAGGCUGUAUUUUUGUUUAGUCUUCUUCUCUUGUACGUGCUUUUUGAAGAGUCUUAUCAGAAAAUUGGACUUGUCGCCAUUGACCCAAAGCUUAUGUUUUGGCCGGCGUCGGAAUAUUCUUUCGCCGUAGAAAAUUCGGAGUAGGUAAAGAAUUUUCACAAAAGGAAAAUAUCUGUUAAAAAUAUAGUUCGAAGAUUUGACAGUUUGGAAAUGAUGUGAUGGUUUUCACUAAAACUAUCCGAAAGUCAAAAUUGAUUUACUUUAUACACGAAUAUUUUAUAAGAUUCCAAUCCAACCAUUUUUACCUUUUAGAAAUAACGUAACGCAGUAACUCGACUGUUAAGUAAAAAGUAUUAAGUGUUUGUUUUUUUAUCGCUGAUUUAAUAUAAUAUUAACUAAUAAUACUAUCCGCUUUACGAUGAUCUAUGCUUAACUACGUUACAUGAAUCGUUCUAUGAAGAUUCACGUCUGACCGGAUUUACUUGCACCAUAUUGAAGAUCCUUUGUAAGUCUUUUUUCUGUCUUCCGUAGUCUGUAUAAUUGUUUAAUAAAUUGUUUUCUACGAGAA